AUGAAUAGACAACUCAAUCUUAGUUCCAAUUAUGAAAAAGAAAUAGAAACUUCCAAAGAAAAAGUAGCUGAUAAUUCCGAUAGACAAAAUGUAAGUGGUGAUUCUACUAGACAAAAUGAAAGUGGUGAUUCUACUAGACAAAAUGAUAACUUCCACAACCAACAAGGAAUAGGCACUGACAAAAAUAAAAAAAAAACAUUUCGCCAAACUUUUUUUUUAACCCCUAAAUAUAAUAAAAAUUCGAUUUAUAGUUCACCAACAAGAAAUGGUACUCCUAAUCGUGCACAAGUUUGUUGUGAGGCAACACAAGAGUGGAACAAAAUUAAAACCAAAAGCAUGGAGGAAAUAAACAACAUAAUAAAGGCAUAUUUGACUACGCUAUUUAAUCUAUAUAACAUACAAACAAUGAAAUUAAGAAAUUUUGUGUCUGAAGAAAACUUAGCGCCUUUCUAUUUUACUAUCUAUUCAGUAGAAGACCCUGUACCUGAAAUUCCACCAAAUGUAGUAGCACAAAAGAAUGCAGCAAACGCAAUCGAAAUAGCUAAAAAAAUCUUUUAG